AUGACCGGCGAACCAAUGACAGCCCGUGGAGCCGGUGCGGGUGUCGGUGCCGGGCGGGCACCGCAUCUGCAGCCCCCGCACGCCAACCAUCCCCUGCAGGCGCUCCGCACCGACGACAUCGAGGUGCAGGUGAUCGAGCAGGGUAUCGAACUGUGCAGCAGCAGCGAACGAAAGAGUAACGCAAACAGUGGGAUGUCCGCAAGCGGUGGAAACUCGAAGCCCUCGGCGAACGCCAGUCGAGGUCGCACCGGUGCACACUCUUCGGCUUCCGCCACCGGCACCACGUCCCUCGGGGGUUCCACGUCCACGGCGGUAGGUGCCCAGGCAGGAGCGACGGGAGGGGCGGCGCCCGGAUCCCGGAUAGCGUCACUGAAGAACCCGGUCGGGUGGGUUUGCUGUGCGCCCUGCAUCUGGCUGCGCAGUUCGUCGGCCGUCCACAAGAUGGCGAUCACGGCCGCAACGCUGCUGGUGACGUCGCUUCUGGUCGCCUCGCCGAUCCUGUUCCUCAUCUCGGCCGCACCGUCCCAGCUGCCCCGGGACUGCUUCGCCGCCGACGAAGACGACUGCCACCCGACGCCAGCCCCGCCACCCGUCUGCGGAGAUCCGAUCUGCCGUGCGGCCGCCAUCAGCGUCUCGUCCAGGAUGAACUGGGACGUGGAGCCGUGCCGGGAGUUCAAGAACUACAGCUGCUCCACGAUGGAGGGCAGCCUGCGGGCGGUCAAGAGUGCACAGGAGAUAGCGGACACUCAGAUGCAACAGCUACUCUCCCUCAAUACCACGAGUGGGAUCUUCCGGAAGCUAGGCCGGCUCUAUGGGAGCUGCCUGCGGCAAGAGCUGAACGACACCAGCAUAAAGCGUCGCCUGGACCAACUCGGCGGUUACCUGCACAUCGGUUCGGUCGGUCCGCAGAGUCUUUCCCCGUUGGUGGUGAAGAUCCAAGCGAUUGGACCGUUGCCGCUGGUCGGCAUCUACUACGAUCUGAGUUACGGCCGGAAACCUCAGACACUGCUGAUCAUCGACGGACCAAACACACCACCGAACAUACUUGAGAACCCUGUCCGGUGGAAUGGUCCGCGAGCGCCACCGUACGAUGUGGACGACGUGCCGGAGCUACUGGACGAACUAAUCAAUACCUUCCUGCCGCUAGGGUUGAGCGCUGACCAGCGGCAGUCGGAGCGGAAUCUUAUUUCUGGCUUCAUUCGUGAACUGAACGAGAUUCGGCGGCACUACGUCCAGAAGGAUUUCAUCAGCAGCUACGUGUUAAACAAUGUGACAGCCCUCGCGAACGCGCAUCCUUUCUUUCCCUGGCAGGACCUGGUGCCCGGCAACUGGUCCGGGCCGAUAGUGAUCCGCAGCCCGGAAUACCUUCGACAGCUGCGCAAGCUUCUCCUGACGUACCAGAACCGGGUGAUCCACAACUCGCUGCUGAUGCUGUUCGCCCUCAACACGCUACCGCCGGGCCGGCCGUCGCCGCUCGUGUGCACCCGUGCCACCAACUGGGCCCUCCCGGAGGUCACCGCGGCCCUGUUCGUCGCCCAGUACAGCGAGGAGGUCAUCCGGCACGCGAUCCAUCGGACGGAGGAAAUGUUCGAAAACAUGAAGCAACAUCUGAAACGGGCUCCAUCGCUGCGUGGGGCGGCCCUGGUGCGAUUGUCGCAGCUGAAGGUACAGGCUAAGGUUUGGCCCACGCUCUUCAAUCGAACGGAAAUCGCCUCUGUGUUGGACGAGAUCGAGAUCAGUUCGGACAAUUGGUUCGAAAAUGUGCUGAAAAUCUACGAAAUCAACAACAACCGCACGAGGGAGAUCAAUUUCACCGUAGAAUCUUCGCAGACAGCGUACGCCUAUCCCCAAAUAUCGAAAGUUUUCUACGACACCCUGUCCCAUUCGAUCGUGGUGCCACUGUCCGUGAUCCUGGUGCCGUACUUCAACCCGGUGCUUCCACCGUACCUGCACUACGCCUCACUGGGCACCACGCUCGCCAAGGAGAUACUCCGGUCGAUCACGAAGGCGUUCGAGACGAAGAUUAUGCAGUGCGUACCGAGCGCGGUCAGCGUCUUCUCCAACACCAGCCGGAUGGAGUUGCUCAUACACUCCGGUGGGUUGCAGAUUGCCUAUCACACGCUCCUGUCGCUGUCCGGCCCGAUCAAGGGCAUGAACCGGCUGCUGGGGCUAAGCCUAACGCCACCGCAGAUCUUCUUCCUCGUGUCCGCCCAGCAACUGUGCGCCGAGUCCGAUUACAGCGGAGUGGAGGUGAACUCGAGUGAUUUCGAUGAAAUUCUUACCUGGCUCAUCUCGCAGGGUGGCAGCGCGUCCGACGUCUUUCAGUGUCACUCGGCGACCAAGCUAAGCUACCAGAAAAAUUGCGACAUAUGGUAGAAUCACCAACAAGUAUUGAGAACGAAGAAGAGAAACGCCACUUCGUACGACACGCGACAGAACUGACCAGAGUCAACUCGUGAAAGUUCUAGUGAUAAUGAAAGGAGCAAUCUUUGGUAGCCAGUAAGAUUUAAAUCGAACAAAAUUGAGACGAAACGGUCUUAGAAUAAGCUCGACAAACCGACGUUUAUAGUUCCGCAAGGCUUUAGAGAUGAAAAAAUGAUCUGAAAACAAAGCAUGCAAAACAAAACCAAAAAAAGAAAAACAUAGGGUAAAACAAAUUAAACUAAAAAUAAUAAAUCAACGCCGUGAUAGCAGCUUGUAAGUGUGCGUUACUAGUCACCUUUAUUUGCUGUGUUAGUUUUAAUGUAACAUUGUUAAGGAUUUGCAGUUGGAAGGAAGGCGAACGUACAAAGGAGGAAGAAAAAAGUUAUCUAUUUACGUUGCAGCUUACAGUUGAAGAAAUGUUAUGCCACUUUAUGUAAAUUAUCCUUCCACGCUUGAAUGAUGCAAGAAGCGCAUGUGGAAUGUGUUGUAUGGAAAUAAGAAAUAAGUCAAUUAAGUUCUCCUAUUUCCGUGCGCUUGCGUUGCACACGUGAAUUAAUAAAGGUCGUGAGUUACUCGUUGAACACAAAACAAUCGAUUAAACGGUUUAGUAAAAACUAGCAGUUUCUCUAAAAAGUCAGCCGCUAAGUCAGUUUAAAGGUUCGAUUGCGAUGCGUGUCACAAUAGUGUCGGAAUAUAUCGGUUCUAUCGACAAAAGGCAGUCCGUUACAAAGUUUGUUAGCAAAUGCAUUAGCCGCAAAAAAAGCAUUUAGCGUUGAAUGAUUGAGAGAAUAGUUUUAACAGAAUCCGAUACUGAUGUCGACUAGUCCCGAGACAAUAUUUCCACCACCGAAGCACGAAAGUUUGGAGCGUGUGAUUGUGUGUGUGGAGCGAACCCCAAGUGAGAAUUGAUGUAAGGCGCGUUUUGCAACAGGAACAUCCUUUAUACGUUUUCCUUCAAGGCAAAAGGAGGGAAAACAAUUAUGCUAAGGAAAUAUAGACGAACUCUUCAACAGACGAACCUAGCUGUUGGAGCACUGACGAAUGAAUGAAACAGUAUUGUUACUACCACUGAUGUAAUCUAGCGUUGUGCAUUAGACAUUAUGAGUUUUGUUACAAUUUUCAAUGUGUAUAGUGUUGAGCGGACGGGAAGGUUGUACUCCUUCGUAGUGAAUUAGUGCCGGUUCUACUUAGAGUUGCUAGCGUGAAGAAACGUAUUUACAACGGUGAAACGGUGGGUAAAAACGAAAAACGACACACAUACGAAGGUGUGGAAAGUCAAAGAUAAAUAAACAGAAUCAUAGCAAAGAUGAACAACCGAAAGAUCAAUUUACAAACGUCCUACAAUUUUAAGCCGACAUAGGAUUAGUUGAGCAGUGGAAGCUAAAGGUGACGUUUAGCAUCGUGGAAUUGAGGCAGCAGAGUAUUUUAAUUUUCCGAAUUAUCGGAGGAGAGUUGGUAAAAAAGAACGAAAACCGUGGAUCAAGAAAACUUAAACUAUUGAUGCUGGGAAAAACCAAUAUCGCACCUAGAACUUUACAAAAUGUGUAGUGAAAGCGAGGGAUAUCAAGAGGAGUAUUUGUAGUGUGUCUAGUAGCACCUCCGAAUCAAAUUACCACCACGUAGUAGCUCCUAGGGUGGAAGCAGAGUAAAUGAAAAAAGCAGAAGUGUACCUUAAAAUAUUAAAACAAAAAAAAACAAA